AACUGUCGGUAACACGACACACGCUGACGACACGACGGGUAAAGAAGACGAGUGAAGCGACUGUACGGAGAAACAUCGUAACGUCUCGUCCUCUGAUAGUGACGUAGCUGCUCAGGUCGCUGGGUCGUCACUAACCGUUACAUCCUCACGGUCCUCUGCAGUUAGACAGGUGUGUUUCAUCCAGACUGGCAGGUGGAUCAGGACCAGACAGGGGGGGGGAGGGGUAAAAUCAGGCUUGGCUGUAGUGGACCAUCAGAAGAAGGGGACCAGGUGUCACUGUAGCCAUGUCAGCCCCGUGGCGUGAAGACGAGGAGGACCUCCGGCCGGGAGGAGUUAGAGUACUGCCGUUGAAAUCCAAACCGAGGUUCUCCUUCCAUGAGGUCAAAGUGCUGCUGGAGGCCGUGAAGAGGAACAGAUACAUCAUCCUCAGAAAGUUUAACCGAGGCGUGUCGGUUGAAACCAAGAAACAGACGUGGACUGAGAUCACCAAUCAGAUCAACGAUCUUGGAGAGAAUCACAGAGAGGUGCGUCAGAUCAUGAAGAAGUGGGCGGACCUCAAAUGUGACGGAAAGCGACGCCUCUUAGCCCUCCGAAAGCCGGACAGCGGCCACCUCAGGAAGAGGAACAUGGGCCCUGUGGAGAAGAUGGUCCAUAAGAUCCUGAUGAUGAGUCCCGCAGGAAAUGGCGACAGUGAUUUCGACUUAUGUGAAGACGAGGAUUUUCCAAAGGCCUACAGCGCCACCCCGCCUCCGAACCCUUCGCCCUACUCCUACCUCAGCUUGACGGACAGUUCCCACUCUGUACCCGAAAGAUUCUCCUUCGACAUGUCGCCCCUCUCCUCGCCGGAGGACGAGGCUGGUGGCGAUCCCUUCCAGUCCUCCUCUGAAUUUGAUGUCGACCUGGCUGAGGAUGGAGAACACUCCAUGGAUUUUGACGACAACGAAGACUCCAUAUUCUCCUCCUACCCUUCCUCUCUCCCUCCGCCCCCCCCCUCCUCCACGCUGGAGAAGGACCCGCUGUCUGACACCCAGCUGAGAAUCAAACCGGUCCACACCUAUUCCCGGAACAUCGGCCAGACCAACAGCAGCAACCACGUUCAGAACCACACCUCCUCCUCCAGACCGCCACCCGGACCCUCCUCAUCCUCGUCUGUGGCCUCCACCUCCUCUGCUCUCCCUCCGGCGUCUGAUUCAGACGCAGGCUCAUCCACUGCUGUGCCUCCUCCACCACGGCCACCUCCUACAAGCUCCACUUCCUCCGCCUCAUUUGUUCCCCCUCUCCCUCCCCCCUCUUCCUCCUCGUCCUCUACAUCAAACUCGACCUCUCAAGCCACGCCCUCUUCCUCCUCCAUCCCACCUCCUCCUCCUCCUGCUUCGACUUCAACCACUGCUCCCUCCUCCUCCAACUCUCAUCGACCUUCCUCCUCCUCCUCCUCCUCAUCAACCAUUCCAUCUAAGCAGUCCCCCGCCCCGAGCUCCUGCGACCCCCUCCCCGCCGGAGCCUCCUCCCGUCGGCCCCAAGACCACGUGUCCCAGAUGGCGUCUCAGAGCCUCCAGCAGCAGCGGGCCAGCAGGAUGCUCCUGACGUCGGUGUCUCAGUCUCUGGAGGUGCUGGCUCAGUCUGUGCAGCUGCUGGUGGAGAGCCAGCAGGAGUUUGUUCAGGAGUCUCUGCUGCUGCAGCGCGAGACCGUCGAUGUCCUGAGGGAUUUCUCCAACACGGCGCUCACUAUGCUGAGAGACAAAGCCAACAGCGGUCAAGUGCCACGCCAUCAUCAUCAUCCUGCUUCUCACUACUGAAACAAAAGGACGAAAAUAGUUUUUUUUUAAAGAGACAACGCAGGACGAGUACGGGCACCUACAGGCACACUUCUUACCCGGCCCCCUGAAGUCCCAAAAGAGUGAACAUUUUCAUCAUAAUAUAUACGACACAUCAAAUUAUCUUGUGUUUGGAGCAAGUUAUCUGGUGCAAACAAGUUAGAUAACAACUUGUUUAAAAUGGUGUUUAAAAUGGUGUUCAUCUUGUGCGCUCAAGUUAUCUGAUGUGCACAAGAUAAUUAUCGUGUAUGAAAAUAUCAAAUUGUGCGCACACGUUCCUGUAAAAAGACGCACCUUUAAUCUGUUUUUUUUUUCCAUCUAAAGUUUGCUGCGUCUUAUACACCGGUGCGUCAUAUUUAUAAUAAGUAUAAAAACGCUGACACAUACGCUGUCAUUACCGCGAGUGCAGCCGCCGUAACAACACACUGCACGCCAGGUGACACCAUUGAGAAUUCCUCACCAGUCGUUGUGUAUUGCAAGCCGGAGGGAAACAUAGCGACACAGACGAGGCUGGCUACGUCCUUUCUCCCUCCCUCAUGCAUUUAAAGAAAACGGUGGCAUAUUGAUCCUUUUGAUUGAAAGAGUCCUUUUAUUAAAGUUAGAGAGCGACCAGCGGAGUCGGGUAGAGCGCUUGCCAGAUAGGCGUCUGUGCUUCACAACUAUCACUGCAGGCUGAGCUCGAUUACCGUACUGUAGCUAGUAGGAGAGCAAACUCCACAAAGAGAAAACAAACGGAGCUAACAGAAACUGACCGUUGUAGACGUCACUGAACACAACAGAAAUUGUCACGCAGGAAGACAAUUUGAGACUUUAUUCUCUCUGGGAUCCUCCAGAAAGAGACUUGUAUUCUGUCUUUGAGAUAAAUAAUAACUGGUAUGUAAUUAUCAUUUGUGCAAAAAUGUAUCUGCACACAACAUAAGCUUGUUUGAAGUUAAGUUAGAUAAAUCGUUUGCAAAAGAUA